AUGUCACCAACAAACAACAUAGCAACAGCAACAACAAAAACAACGACGGCAGAAUGUGCAACAGUUUUCAACACAACGACAUCAAACUCGACCGCAGAUAACACCAACAACGACAACAGCAACAACUUAAAGAGAACAAUAACACUGGCCACGGUACCAACGCUACUGACCACAAUCGUCUUGCUGGUCUGCGCGUUCACGAUUUGGUGGCACUACAGACGCUGGCAGAGGAAGAACAAACAAUCUUUCGAUGAGGAUGAUGAGGAGGAGGAAGAUGUGGUUCAUGAUGAUGAUGAUUACCACGAUGGUGGUCGCUGUGUUGAUGCUGGGGCUAAAAUUUUAACAACAGGAAACCUGAAACCUGACGACGUGUCUGUUUCGACGGGGUUGAGGAUGGGCCAAUCGGCGGCCGCCACGGCCACCACGGCCACCACCAACAACAACAAUAAUAAUAACCACAAAAACAACAACUACAUUAACGAUAUCAGCCACAAAACUAACAACCACAACACCCACAACAACCGCAACAUCCACAACAACAACAACAACAUUCACAACAACAACAACAGCCACAACAACAACAACAUCCUCAAUAAUAACAUCAAAAGGAGUUACGAAAGCAACAACAGGCCAAUUGCCACUACCAUCAUUCAGCACAACCGGAGCAAGAGACUCAGGAGAAAAAUCAUCCGGAACGAUCCCACCAUGAACGUUAACAAAUCCGGAAUGAGUAAUUAUGGCUUUGAGGAUUUUGAUGAUAACCAUAAUAAUAAUAAUAAUAAUAAUAAUAAUAAUAAUAAUAAUAAUAAUAAUAAUAAUAAUAAUAAUAAUAAUAAUAAUAAUGAUAAUAAUAAUGAUAAUGAUAAUGAUGAUAAUAAUAAUAAUAAUGAUAAUAAUGAUAAUAAUGGUAAUAAUAAUAAUAAACUGGAGACGACUGACGUACACAAACUAUUGAAACAAAAUCAUAAAGUGGGUGGUUGGAAGGUGAAGAGGAAGAAUUAUUGUGACGGGGAGGAGGUGGUGGUGAGGAAACUUAAGGCCGGUGGACCACAAAGGUGCAUACAAAGCUCAAUAAGAAUUGUUGAGGGUCAUCCUCUCUACUUUUUUAAAUGUAUCAGAGAUCAGAGGUCAGAGGUCGGGGUCAGAGCACUUCUGCCGCCUGAGCUGGCUCGUCCAGUAAUUGUUUUCACAAGAAUAUUCAUAAACAUUCACUACCAGCUUGAUAUGUAUGCAUGGUGCUGGUCGUCGUCCUCCUCAAGUUCGUUUGCCGACAGGGUGUUGGGCAUGAUGAAACGCCAUUGGUCGGAGCAAAACAGGAGGGCGGUCUUCACAAAAUUGAAUCGGCCAAUCAAAGAAACCGAAGAAACGAUAGCACCCAAAUAUUUGGAAAAAGAAGAUGACGAGGAAAACUCUUCUGAAAGCACCACACCCUACCCAUCCACACUCUCCAUCACAACCAGCCCACAACAAACACAUUUGCAUCCAGAGCAGCAACAAGAAAUGCAACAAAAACAACAAACUACGCCUCAGAAAACGACGCAACAACAGCAACAACAAUCUCAACAACAAUCCCAACAUCAAUCUCAACAAACAUUGCAACAGCUAUCACAAUCUAAGCAGCAUUUUCAACACCAACAAAAGUUGCAGUCACGCCUAACGAAGCAACAACAACAACCACAACAUCCAAACGAACAACAACCACAACAUCCAAACGAACAACAACCACAACAUCCAAACGAACAACAACCACAACAUCCAAACGAACAACAACCACAACAUCUAAACGAACAACAAAUGCGACAGAUCCAAUCCUUGAAAGAACGUUACAACAACCUUCUGCACAUCAUGGCCCUCAAAGAGAGCAACAUUCCCUAUAACGCCGUUAACAGAUCAACUGAUUCUAAGUUUGACAUUCAGGAUGAUUCUUACGUCAUAAAAUUAUUCGAAGACAACCUCAAAAACAACAACGGUAUAAUGAAAGAAAGUAUAAAUAAUAAAAUUUCUAACCAUAAUAGCAGCAACAGUAACAACAACAACAGCAGCAGUAACAAUAACAACAACAACAACAACAACAACAACAAUAUUAAUAACGGUGUUAAUAAUAAAAUCAGUGCCAAAAACAUGAAGGACAACAGUUUGGAUAUCUUGACACUGGGGUACCCCAAAAGAAAUAAGAAAGAAACUGCCGACACGUACAACUCCAACACAAGCUCCAUGCUGCCGAAUUUGGGCAGUUGGCCUGAUGACGACGACAACAUGAGCAACAACAACAACAGCUGCAACAACAUUAACAAAAACAACAUUAACAAAAACAACAACACCCCAAACAAAAUCCACACUAACAAAAUUUACACUAAAUACCAUUUCAGCGACGUCAACAACAUCUGUGGCAAACCUCAACACAGCAGCAACAUCUUCAGUGACAUCAAGCAAGCCACCAGUAACAAUAUACAUAACAGUAAGAGAUACAUCAACAGCAAGAAUAUUAAUGUCAUUAAUCAUAUUUACGAACCUCACAGUGAACCAGAUGACAAUAAUGAUGAUGAUGAUGGUAGCGUCAGCAUCGUUAAUGUUAGGUGUCGCGAUGUCAUUAAUAAUAAUAAUAAUAACAACAAUAAUAAUAAUUAUAAUCAUAAUAAGAAUUAUCAUAAUAAUAAUAAUGACCUUGACACUGGUAACAGCCUUUACAUUGGAUCGGUCAGUUACGGAGAUGGUUCAAGCAGUUCUGGAUUGAGAGAGAUAGAUUUAAACAACUACUCCACCAUCUACCUCGCCAAACAGCAUGCAAACAGCGUAAACGAAGAACAUUCGUGGAGAAACGUGAACGAAGAACGUUCGUGGAGAAACGUGAACGAAGAACAUUCGGAAAACAACGUGAACGAAGAACAUUUGAGGAACAACGUGACGUCAUCAGUGCCGUCAUCGUCGGCAUCAGUUUCCUUACCGCCAAACCUGGUCCCGCAGAAUUCUCCUGAUGUAAACGCGCGAGAAGGUGCACCAGGCGAAGUGGAGUUCUUGAGGGAAUCAACAAAUCCAAGCACUGUAAGAUCGGCUCCAACCAUCAUCCAAACCAGUUAUGACGUCACAAACGUUGAACCGGAAGAAGCAUUUGUUUCCUGUUUAAACACCAACAGACCAUUCUCCAACUCUAACUGCUUCCCUUUCGACUGGAGUUAUGAACCGGGCGGGAAAAAAGAUUACGAGGAGUACAAGAGGAGAAUUAAAAUGUUGCGGCGACAUCAACAUCAUCAACAACAACAUCAACAACAACAACAACAACAUCCAAACAAUGACGAAACAUUCCGCCAACUGUACAACAUUCAGGGGGGAGAGUUCACAGACCAGCCGAACGACGACAUGAGCAGCUUCUUCAUCCCAACAGAACUGAAGCGCCGUGCAUUCGACCUCAUUUACUUCAAGUACGACAGCGAAAUGUGGGCUGCCAUCAAAGACAAGUUGAACGACAGAAUCAAAGUAGUCCCCGCCGAGUGGUUGGUCGACGCUCCCAGUUACGAUAGUGACGUCAGCAGCUGCACUUCCGGCAGUCACAACGGUAAUCACACGUUUGACGAUAUGAACGAUGACCACAGCUGCAACAACAGCUGUGAUGUCAGCUUCACUGACGACACUGAUAACAGUACCAAUGGUUCUUAUUUGUCGUAUGCUGGCAACGAAGACAGCAUCUGCAACAACAAUAACAUCAACAAUGUCAGCAACAAUGCUAGCAACAGUUUCGACAACAUGCAACCACUGUAUAUGAGGCAAAACAUCGUAAACUUUCAUAAGAGGAUAUUCUUUAACAAUUCCUUCUUAAAUAUGACCACACCCAACCGCAACAACGACAGCCGCAACAACGAUAGCCACAGCAACGACAACAAUGACAUCAUCAACUAUCACAUCAUCAACAAUGACGCCAGCAACAACAUCGGCUGCAGCACACAGAAUCACUCUUCGGUCAAAGCCAAAGGCCGAAAACCAAAAAAACUCAACAUUUGGGAAAAGUUGAUGUUGCAGAAUAAAAAACAAGUUAUGGAAAACGAGAGUAGGCAGAUUCGUGUCUCUCCAACAGUUAGAUUCAGAAAUUCAAAACUAUUACAAGCGCAAAAACCCUGCCUGGUCCGCACAUUACAAGGUGGGAAUUGA